GCUAGGUUUCAUGGGAAUUAUGACUUCAAUUUGAAAAGCCACAACCAACGUUUCUUUGAAAUCCGUUUAAAAGCGAUCCCUUUGGACGCGCCGUAGCGAUUGUAUCGGUCGUUGUCGCAGUCAUACAUCAGACGUGUUUAGCCAGUCGUUGCAAAAGUAAUCAGUGCCAGCGACGCUUUUUUGUUUUGCAGGUGAAGUGGUAAGCAUGUGGAUCGUUGAAAUCACCGGCUAAUCAAGCAAAUAUCAUGCGACGCUGUGAGAUGGGCAGACGGAAGGAUGGUAAAGCCAAAACGAAGCUUCAAGGCCAAGCAUUAACACCCAGACAGAGAAUGGUUGGUGAUGAGAAAGAAGGCUCUAGUGGAGAUGCGCGGAAGAAAAGUACAAAACGCAAGGAGAGGACUAAACACAAAGAGAAGUCUGAGCGGGCCGAAAAAGACGUGAAAAAGGCCAAGGCUGUCAAAAGCAAGAGCGUGGAGAGCUUUGAUGACGAUGUGAGGGUUCACUCUGCUGUUCUAGAUGAGCCAGAAGAUGGAAACUUUGUGCCAAAUAAAAGGGGGAAAAAGAGGAAAAGACAGGAGGAGCCCAUUGAAGGUCCCUCCACGUUCAAAAUGAAUAACUUGAAAGAGGAGGAUGAGGCCAGCUCAGGGGCGAAGGAGAAGAGCCGGAAGAUGAAGAAGCCAAAGGAAGAGGAGGGGGCGUGUCCAGUAACUACAAAGAAGUCAAAGGAAGAGAAGGGGGAGUGUCCAGUUACUACAAAGAAGAAGUCAAAGGAAGAGAAGGGGGAGUGUCCAGUUACUACAAAGAAGAAGUCAAAGGAAGAGAAGGGGGAGUGUCCAGUUACUACAAAGAAGAAGUCAAAGGAAGAGAUUGCGGCAGGAAAAGCAUUGAAGAUCAAAAAGAAAGAGGAAGAGGAGCAGCAACGCUGGAGAUGGUGGGAGGAGGCAAAGUAUGAAGAUGGGGUCAAGUGGAAGUUUCUGGAGCACAAGGGUCCCCAUUUCCCCCCAGAGUACCAGCCUCUUCCAGACAACGUCCACUUCUACUACAAUGGUAACAUUGUGAAGCUGAGUCUUGCUGCAGAGGAGGUGGCUCUGUUCUACGCUCAGAUGCUGGACCAUGAAUACACCACCAAAGAGGUGUUCCGCAACAACUUCUUCAAAGACUGGAGGAAGGAGAUGACCUUGGAGGAGAGGAUGCUGAUUACUGACCUGAGUAAAUGUGACUUUGGGGAGCUCCAUGCCAUGCACGUUGAGAAGGUGGAGGCUAGGAAAGCCAUGAAUAAAGAGGAUAAACUAGUGAUUAAAGAGGCCAACCAGAGAAUAGUGGAUGAGUACGGCUUCUGUAUGCUGGACAACCACCGGGAGCGUAUUGGCAACUUUAAGAUUGAGCCCCCGGGUCUUUUCCGAGGGCGGGGGGAGCAUCCUAAACAAGGCUAUCUGAAGAAGAGGAUCCAACCUGAGGACGUCAUCAUCAAUUGUGGAAAAGGGUCUCGUGUCCCGGAGCCCCCUGCUGGUCACCGCUGGAAAGAAGUUCGCUACGACAACACUGUAACCUGGCUUGCUAGCUGGACAGAGAAUGUUCAGGGCUCCUGCAAAUAUAUCAUGCUCAACCCAAGCUCCAAACUCAAGGGUGAGAAGGACUGGGAGAAGUACGAGGUGGCACGAAGGUUGAAGAGCUGUGUGGACAGAAUUCGCCUGCAGUACCAGCAGGACCUCAAGUCCAAACAGAUGGUGAACCGUCAGAGAGCUGUGGCCCUCUACUUCAUAGAUGUGCUGGCCUUGAGGGCAGGUAACGAGAAGGAGGAGGGCGAGACGGCGGACACGGUGGGCUGCUGCUCCCUGAGGGUGGAGCACAUCACCCUGUACGACAGGUUGGAGGGCAGCGACUGUGUUGUGGAGUUUGACUUCCUGGGUAAAGAUUGUAUCCGCUACUACAACAAGGUCCCAGUCACCAAGAGGGUGUUCAAGAACCUCAAGCUCUUCAUGGAGAACAAGGAGCCCGGAGACGACCUGUUUGAUCGCCUCAACACCGGCUUGCUGAACAAACACCUGUCCUCCCUGAUGCCCGGCCUGACCGCCAAGGUGUUCAGGACGUACAACGCCUCCAUCACCCUGCAAGAGCAGCUCCGAAAGCUGUCCAACGGGACCGCCAACCAGGCAGAGAAGCUGCUGUCCUACAACAGGGCCAACCGAGCGGUUGCAGUACUGUGCAACCACCAGCGGGCGCCGCCAAAGACCUUUGAUCAGUCUAUGGCCAACCUACAGUCCAAGAUUGAGGUCAGGAGGGAGCAGUUGACCCUUGCCAAGAGUGAGCUGACCCUGGCUAAGAAGGAGGUCAAAGGUCACUGCUCAGACAGCAAGCUGCUGGCGUUGGUGGAGCGUAAGAAGAAGGCUGUGCAGCGUUGUGAAGAGCAGAUAAUGAAGAUGGAGGUUCAGGCCACUGACCGAGAGGAGAACAAGCAGAUUGCACUGGGCACCUCCAAACUCAACUACCUGGACCCACGCAUCAGCAUUGCCUGGUGUAAGAACAUGGAGGUGCCCCUGGAGAAAAUCUACAACAAAUCUCAGAGGGAUAAAUUUGCCUGGGCUGUUGACAUGACACAGACAGAUUUUAUAUUCUAAGUCUCUUUGUCUUUUAGUUCUGCCUAACAUCUACCAGGGAGAUUUUAUCAUCUUUAACUGUAUUUCUGUUGACACUAACAUUUUAUAUAUAAAGUAUGAAGGUUUUUUUAUAAACAUUUUAAUAAAGGUUCUUAAGAAGUUUA